AUGUCUCCUUCUUCUUCUUCUUCUUCUUCUUCUUCUUCUUCUUCUCCUCCUCUUAUGCAAAAGCGAAUAGAUUGCAUAUUAACAAUGGAAAAAGAUGCGAUCACAGUCAUCAAUCAAACUCAUGAUCAUCAAUCUUUUGUUAGAUACUUUACUACUGCUGAACCAACCUUGAAGGAAAGAUUAGCCCAAAUCAUUCCAGCCAAGAUUGAAGAAGUCAAGCAAUUAAAGGCUGAACAUGGUGACAAGAUCAUUGGUACUUGCACCGUCUCACAAGCCUAUGGUGGUAUGAGAUCCGUCAAGUCUUUGAUCACUGAAACCUCUUUGUUGGACCCAGAAGAAGGUAUUAGAUUCCGUGGAUUUACCAUUCCAGAAUGUCAAGACAAGCUUCCAAAGGCCAAGGGAGGACAAGAACCAUUGCCAGAAGGUAUUUUGUGGUUGUUGUUGACUGGUGAGAUUCCAUCGGAAGCUCAAGUCCAACAAUUGUCCAAGGAUUUGGUCAAGAGAGCCGGUCUCCCAGACUUUGUCGUCAGCAUGAUCAAGAACUUCCCAAAGGAGAUGCACCCAAUGUCACAAUUGUCCGCUGCCGUCCUCGCCCUCCAAACCAACUCCAAGUUUGCCGCCGCCUACCAAGAAGGUGUCAAGAAGACCCAAUACUGGGAAUCCACCCUCGAAGAUACCCUCGACAUUGUCGCCAAGUUGCCCGAGAUUGCUGCUCUCAUCUACCGUACCGUCUACAAAGAUGGCAAGGUACCAGCCGUCGACGCCAACCUCGAUUGGGCCGCCAACUUUAACAGAAUGCUCGGUUUCAACUCUCACGAGUUUGAUGAAUUGAUGCGUCUCUACCUCACCAUCCACACCGAUCACGAAGGAGGCAACGUCUCUGCCCAUGCCACCCAUCUCGUCGGUUCUGCCCUCUCUGACCCAUACUACUCAUACGCCGCCGGUAUGUGCGGUCUCGCCGGUCCACUCCACGGUUUGGCCAACCAAGAAGUCCUUUCAUGGACCUUGGACUUGCAACAAAAGAUUGGCAACAAGGAAAUCACCAACGACCAAUUGGCCGAUCUCGUCUGGGAAGGUCUCAAUGCUGGACGUGUCGUUCCAGGUUUCGGUCAUGCCGUCCUCAGAAAGACUGAUCCACGUUACACCUGUCAACGUGAAUUUGCCUUGAAGCAUCUUCCAAACGACCCACUCUUCAAGUUGGUCAGCCAAAUCUACGACGUUGUCCCACCAGUCCUCACCAAGCAAGGCAAGACCAAGAAUCCAUGGCCCAACGUUGACGCCCACUCUGGUGUCCUCCUCCAAUACUAUGGUCUCAAGGAACACAACUACUACACUGUUCUCUUUGGUGUCUCUAGAGCUAUCGGUGUUUUGUCCUCUCUUGUUUGGGAUAGAAUCCUCACCUUGCCAAUUGAAAGACCAAAAUCAAUUACCACUGAAUCUUUAGUCAAGGAAUUCAAGGCAAGCAAAUAA